AUGGAAGAUGCGGACCAGGAGUUCAGCAACCUGAGUGUAGCCGAUGCUGCUCGAAAGAUGACAAUCAACCUGUACUGGGAGCUGAUAGCUCACAAGUUCGAUGAGAGGUCUGCGCUUAUCAGAAGAAUAUACAACGAAGGACACCAAAUCGCGGGACAUACCUGGGGCCACAAGAACUUGGAUAAGAUGACCCCGCAGCAACGCAGAGACGAACAGAUAAAAGCAGAGAUUGUCCUCAAUGACAUUCUGGGCUUCUUCCCAACUUACAUGCGCCCGCCGUUCAACAUCUGUGGCCCUCAAUGCCAGGAAGAGAUGGGAGAGCUCGGUUACCACGUGACUGCAGCCGAUCUCGAUGGACGGGACUGGGAAGGUAAUUACACCUACACGGAACAGAACUUCAUGGAGAAGAUCAAGGGCAAGAACCGUAACGGGAAGAAGGCCGGUAAAGCGAACAAAGCCCAUGCGCGAACCGACUCGGCACCACCCGUCAGCAACCCGGGUCCGCUCACUCCUACCGACGAGGCCUACGAUGUCUCGGGCUUGGAGGCACAGAUCCUCAAGGCUCUGGAGAAGCUUACGCAUGACCUCAGCCAAUUGCGCAGUGGAGGAAAGACGAACCCUGAAAUCGUGGAGAACUUGAAAGUGCAACUGGGCACAGCAGGAAACAAAGAGACGGUGAGACUGGGAGAUAUCGCGCAGGUUGUUCCCAGAGGGAGAAUGUUUAAUGUCAUCUGCGGGGAAGAUACGCACGUCAAGCACGUUACCUCCGCCAUCGCCGCCUCACCGCACUCGCUCACGCCCCUCACACCCGAACCCUCGAACCCACUCACGAUCCAAGUCCCGCUCCCACCGCCAACGGGAGAAUCGCGUCGCGCAGCCGUCGAGUCGGCCGUGAAAGCUUCUGAGCGAGCAGACAAGCUGAUACAGCAAGGACGCCAGGAACACAACAAGAAGCUGAGAAAGUUCGAGCUGAACCGCGAUGUGCUGCCGGAUGACCUUCAAAAGGCGAAGAAGAAGAUGGAAGAAGUGGUGAAGAAGGGACACGAGGAGGUUAAGCGUAUCAGUGAUGGUGCGAAGAGGGUGCUUGAGAGUCAGUAA